AUCUCUUAUUUUUUCUCAGGCAAAAAAAUAUCUAAAACCACAAAGAUAAUAAAGAAUCAUUCCCUAUUCUCUCUCUUUCUAUCAGAAGCUAGCAAGAAGCUUCAAAGGAUAAAAGCUUAAGCUUUUCUCCCCGGAAAUAUUAUUUUCUUUUCUCAGAAAGAAAAAAAUAAUCCACUACUUCACCCUCUUGUUAUCCAACAAAAUCAAGGCAACCAUUUUUUCCCCUAAGUCUCUUUGGCUAAACCCUAACUGUAUUUUUUUUUAAAGAGAGUAUAGAAGAAUCAAGAAGAAAAAAGAAUGAGCAGCCUUGAGGAAUCCCUGAGAUCUAUGUCGUUGGAUUUUCUAAACCUUUUAAUUAACGGUCAAGCUUUCUCCGACGUAACUUUCAGCGUAGAAGGUCGUCUAGUCCACGCCCACCGUUGCAUCCUCGCCGCUCGGAGCCUCUUCUUCCGCAAAUUCUUCUGUGGGACCGACCAACCACAGUCCUGCAUAGACCCGACCCGACAUGGGUCAGUACCCGCUAGCCCAACAAGAGGCUCCCAGGCCCCAGCUGGAGUCAUACCAGUGAACUCAGUCGGUUACGAGGUGUUCUUGUUGCUGCUUCAGUUUCUUUAUAGCGGACAAGUCUCCAUCGUGCCGCAGAAACAUGAGCCGAGACCGAACUGUGGCGAAAGAGGAUGUUGGCACACGCAUUGCUCAGCCGCCGUGGAUCUUGCUCUCGACACUCUUGCCGCUUCUCGUUACUUCGGCGUCGAGCAGCUCGCCUUGCUCACUCAGAAACAACUAGCAAGCAUGGUGGAGAAAGCCUCCAUCGAAGAUGUAAUGAAAGUGUUAAUAGCAUCAAGGAAGCAAGACAUGCAACAACUAUGGUCGACGUGCUCUCACUUAGUCGCCAAGUCAGGUCUCCCACCGGAGAUUCUUGCCAAACAUCUCACCAUAGAUGUCGUCGCCAAGAUUGAAGAGAUUCGUCUCAAAACAUCAAUAUCUCGACGUUCACUAAUGCCACAUAACCACCACCAUGAUCUCACCGUCGCUCAAGACCUAGAAGAUCAAAAGAUUAGAAGGAUGAGACGUGCCUUGGAUUCAUCUGACGUUGAGCUAGUGAAGCUAAUGGUUAUGGGAGAAGGACUCAAUCUUGAUGAGUCUUUGGCCUUGCAUUACGCUGUUGAAAGCUGUAGUAGAGAAGUUGUGAAGGCUUUGCUUGAACUUGGUGCAGCCGAUGUGAACUACCCGGCAGGUCCCGCGGGGAAAACACCGUUACACAUUGCUGCUGAAAUGGUCUCUCCCGACAUGGUGGCUGUUCUGUUGGACCACCAUGCUGAUCCUAAUGUUCGGACCGUUGGUGGAAUCACUCCUCUUGAUAUCCUUAGGACGUUGACUUCAGAUUUCUUGUUCAAGGGGGCAGUUCCUGGAUUGACUCACAUUGAACCGAACAAGCUUAGGCUUUGUCUCGAGCUUGUUCAGUCCGCUGCAAUGGUGAUAUCUCGAGAAGAAGGAAACAAUAGCAACAAUAAUAAUAAUGAUUACAACAACCCGAGUUACCCUCAGAUGAAUGAGGAGCACAACAGUGGAAGUAGUGGAGGAAGUAAUAACAAUUUGGAUUCAAGGUUGGUGUAUCUCAAUCUUGGAGCGGGUACGGGUCAGAUGGGUCAGGGUCGGGAUCAUGGAGACGACCAAAACAGUCAAAGGGAAGGUAUGAGUCGGCAUAAUCAUCAUCAUCAUCAUGACCCGUCUACAAUGUAUCAUCAACAUCACUUCUAGUCCUCUAUUUUGGUCUCUAUAUAUUGGCCAUUAAGACUCACAAUAUAUAUUUAUUAAUUUAGCUCUUGUAUCUUCUAUAUAUUUUUGUAUAUGGAAAUGAAGACAUAAGGAGAGUAUGAAGAAGAGUGAUAUGGAUGAAUUUAAGACUUAGGGUUAUUUAAUCUCAAGAGUUGUAUUGAUUUGUCAUUGCUCAAAUUUUCCACCAAUUAGUAUCUUUAUAUCAUAAUCUCUCGCUAUUUCAAUAUUUAAGACUAUUUUGGAAAACUUUAAAAUUAUAUAACAAUAUUUAACAUAAUUACUACAAAACAAGUUCAGUCCAGUUAACAUAUCACAAUAAUAAUUUCGUAUUAUUUUGUUUUAUACUUGAUUCGAGACUGCCUUUUGAUUGAAGUUUUUGUAUGUAUUUGCAUCAGCAAUGACUUAUUGCGUAUAUAAAUAUAACUAUAUUGUAUAUAGACAACAAAAAUAUGUUAUUCUUUUAGUUCUUUUCAUCCCUUCAAAAAGUUUCUGUAAUUUAUUAUUCGUUGUGUGGCUGACUAUCCAUUGCCGUGCCCGUAUGAGAUGGUAUGCCCACAUGGAAUAUCCCUUGUAUUUAUCACUUCUUUAUUUUUUGGGACUUGUUGAUCAUAAAACAAAUAUAUAUAAGAAAGUAAUUUGUACCAUUAGAAAAAUAAUUGUUGGUAAAGCUAUCCUCCAGUUCUUAUUUAAUCAUAUUUUCAAAAGUAGGAAUAGAAGAUUAUAUAUUUUUAUUUACAAUGCCUUUUUGAAAUGAUUUGUUUACAAUGUUAUGGUGGGAGACAAACUGUAAUUGUUCUAGUAAAUUUGGGAUCUUCAACCCAUUGAACCAAUGCUAUCGGUUGUCCAAUACCUUUCAUUUUUAAUAUAUGAAAACUAUAAAUUAAAGAAACAUAAGUUACCAUUGGUAGAGAAAAAGAACACUUUGUUUAAUUGUUUAUGAGGCUAAUAUAUUUAAAAGAUUUUAUCAUGCUUCAUGCAUGUAUGUAUAUAUGUAUAUAUCAGAUAAAACCAUUGAAACUACAAACGUUUAUUGGAACGAAUAUCGCUAAAUUACGUAAAAAAAACCCCUUUCUCUCGCGACAAAACAGAACCAAACCCUAGAAAGCCAGCCGCCGUUCUUUGUUCUCUGCUCCGGCGGUCGGUGCUUCUCACCGCCGCCGGGAGCGGCCCCGUCUCUCCUUCCCUUAGGUCUCUAUGUAUUUGUUUUCGGUAAAGCAUCACCGUUUUCAGUUUGGUUUCAGAUCUGAGUUAACAGAGGGAUUCGAUGACUCUGGUCUUGGAUCUUCUUCGUUGUGGCUUGGAUGUAGUAGUCUAUGGGCUGGGUUUGUCGGAUUUAGUGCGGUGGUCAUGAGCUCGCCUGUCGGGUUCAGGUUCCGCUGAAGUUCGGUGGUCAAUCAAGGCUACGGGCUCUCCGUUCUGAAGCCAAUCAUAGGUGUUUUGUUAUGUUUCUAUGUUAGUAUAUGGUCCUUAGUUGGUUGAUUUGUGGUCUUGAGGCUUUGACGGCUUGGACAUCCUUGAAGACCUGGUCGAGUUUGCGUUGCUCUUUCUCGCUAUGCUUGGGUUGCUUCUUCAUCUUCGAAUCUGUUUUCUGGUGCGCGGUGCAGGAAUAAAUCGGCUCUGAUGUGGGUAGCUACUUCUUUCAUCGAAUUUGGUGAGGUGGUUUAGGUGGGUUUGCGAUGGUUCUGCGCUAUCGGCUCUCUUCUCUGUCCUCUAAGGUCGUCUUUGUUGAAGGUUCUAUAAGUUAUGGCCAGUGUUGAUGCUAUGUUUGUGAGUAAGAGUUCUCUGAAUUUAUGGAGUUUGGUGGUCUUGAGACAGUGGUGCUUAGUGUUAUCAGUUUGGGUCUUUCAGCUGUGCUCUAAGUUCUUGACUUCUGCUUUCAGUAGCGUCAUAUGUCCUCCGGGCUCGUCUUCGGUAAGGUCUUGAUGCUCGACCCUUGUGUUUACUAAUGAUUGGAUCAUUGUGAAGCCUCGAUAGUGCGUUGUCAUGCCGUUUCUUGGUUUUAAACCAACGGGUUUCUCCGGAUUUCUUGGUAAGAAACUGUGGAGCUCUAGCUCAAUUGCGUUGGGUCUUUGAGUAGUUAGAUUGUCAACCUGUUCUUCGUCGGCUGCUCGGAUGGAGAUCCGCCUUCUCGUGGCUUCCAAAAGUUGAAGCUUGUUCUUGAGUGGCGUGUGCUCGGGAUCCUCUGUUGGAUCGUGUCUUGGAGCUCUUCUAUCAUCCUAAUAAUUCCGACCUUCAACGCUUUCUUCGUUAAUCACGGCUUCCCUAUCGAGUUGCUUUGCUAUAUUGAUACUUGUUUUAGCUCCAUUAAUUUUUCAGUGGUCUUGUUCCUUCCUAGCCUAUGUCUUGAUAGUUGUCGUAUUGUUUUCAUCUUUGUCUCUAGGUAGUAAUGUUUACUACGCUGGCUGUUGGCUCCGGAAGGGAUCUUUACCUUUGCUGGCUUUGUGUAAUUCACGUUAUAAGUUUGAAUAUUAAUCCAA